GGAGCGUUCUCCGGGCUCCCCCACCUCACCAAUGAAAGAUACACGAGGUAGUUUAGAGGCUCCAAAUAACUCACUGGUAUCUGGUGUACAGCAGACAGGAAAGAACUUCAGUAGCAGGAGUUUAGAGCCUCAGGGGCAUGGGGAUGGAGGUGUGGGCAAACAGAAACUGUCGAGUAAACAUGCAGUUCUCAAGUCUCCUCGUCAGGCCGGGCAAAAUCAAGGUGCACUAGAUACAGCCCAGUUAGUGGAGAUCUCACAGCUAUUACAAAUGUACAGGACCCAGGAUGGAGGGUCCCCCAGGGGUUCUCCCUCAGGCCAGCUGUUGGAGCUGCUCCAAGGCCUCUCACACAGACAAGGCAAUUUGUCUCCGUCUCAUUCUGAUGAGAAGGUAGAUCACCCUGCCACAUCAGCCCCUGGUAGCAGAAUGGCACGGAGUGUGGUAAGAAGGAGUGGAGACCGGAACAAGAGACUUGCCUCUGUCAAACAGUCCAACCUUAAUGGAGCCACGAGAGACGUUGGCCGUUCUUCCAGUGUGGAUCGCGCCAGUUCAUUACGACAGACGCAGAUGAAAAAAUCAGAAAGAAAAUUUUCGGCAGGAACAUCGCAAAACAGGACGGCUGUUCCGAAAUGGAAAUGAUCAGUGUUCCCAUUUACAAAUUAGUGAAAGAAAUAGGCUCAAAUGUUUUAACACUGCCAUAUUUCCUCCAUAAGUGUUUUGUGAUUAGGUUAGAUUUAUACUUACAUUUCUGUUCUCGGAGGAGCAUCAUGUGCUUAAAAUCAAUGAGGGAAUCAUUUAGGCCAUUCUGGGGCCUCUGUGGCCGAGGUGGUUAGCAUGCCAGCAUAGCACAAUGACCCAGAAGCCUCUCACCAAGGUGGUCCAGCUCUUGCUGACCACCUCCGCAGGCCUGUGUCGGAAGGUCAGUCAACAGCCUGCCGAUGGUGGUGGGUUUCUCCAGGGCUCGACUCAGUUUCAUCCCACCAUAACGCUGACCGCCAUCAUAUAAGUGAAAUAUUUCGGAGUAUGGCGUAAAACACCAAUCAAAUAAAUAAAUUAGGGAAUUUCCAAAAUUCACAGAGCCAGGACAGUUUUCAUUGACAAUAAUCUGUAAAGACUGGUAUGGCUGUUUGUGCGGUCUUACAUGAAGGUUGUUGAAAGUUAUAAAUUGUGCCAGGAUAUAGAAGAACAUGGCAGUAUGUACAACCAUUUUUGUUUUCAGAGUCAACAAACUUUCAAAGGGCUUAACUACAUGUACUGUGUAUAAAUCAAGCUCUAUUAAAUCUAAUGAAUAUUUUUUUAAAUUAUUGUUUACUAAUACAAGGGCUGUUUCUCUUACAAAUUUCUGUUAUCGGCAGGCUUGAUAGCUCCUAAAUAGUGAGCAUAAUUUUGAUUUGCAUUUUGUGAUUCACAGUUCCACCUUUAUAGUUUCUGUGAUUAAAAGUUUAAAAUUAUUUUGUUGUCAAGAUAUGGCCUCGGCUACAGUAUGAACUUUAUCCUGGGCUAAACCUCUAUACAGUUUACAUGUUAUGCAUAAGAA